AAAUGCUAUUAUCUUCACAUUGUCUUCAGUUGACAGAAUGCGGUCUGAGAUCCCUGCCUGGUGCCACAGCAGCUGAGUGUGCCUCAAACCUGAAGAAAAUCUACACGGUGCAGACUGUGCAGAUAUUCUGGAGCGUGUACAAUAAUAUCCCUCCUGUGACUAGCCUGCCUUUGAGAUGUAGUUAUCAUUUAAUGAGAGGAGAGAGGCGACCACUUUGGGAAGAGGAGAGUAAUGCCAAAGGCGGCGUCUGGAAGAUGAAAGUCCCCAAGGACAGCACGUCCACAGUUUGGAAAGAAUUGUUGUUAGCGACAAUCGGGGAACAGUUCACAGACUGUGCUGCUGCAGAUGAUGAAGUAAUAGGAGUCAGCGUCAGUGUUCGUGACCGGGAAGAUGUCGUCCAAGUCUGGAAUGUAAAUGCGUCUUUAGUGGGCGAAGCGACCGUUUUAGAAAAGAUCUAUGAACUUCUGCCUCACAUAUCUUUUAAAGCAGUAUUUUAUAAACCCCAUGAAGAGCAUCAUGCUUUUGAAGGUGGACGUGGAAAACACUAAUUGCACUCUGUAAAGAAUUCUUUGUCCUUUGCUGAUUGGUUUUGGAAACGGUCUUAACAGGAGGGAGAGUGAAGAGAAGACUUGCCGAAGCCCGAUGCUGGUCCAUUUAGAGUGGGUUUCUGCCCUUGCAGAUUGGGCAAUUAGGGCUCAAAGUGGCAGGUGGGGUGGGGGGAGAGUGUGUGGGUUUCUACCGUCAUAUUAUUUGCUUUUUUUUUUUUUUUUUUUGGCUUUUUAAAUUCUCUGUUCUUUUCACUCUGGGCUUUUUUUAUUUAUUUUUUUUUUUGGGUCCUUUUAAAUUUCCUUAUUCAGUCUAAUUAUUGUUUUCUACACUCCCCUUUCACUGAGGCACAAGAAAUUGGUUUCCCUUUAAGUAGCUCUGCUGUACCUAGUUAAUGAGAAUAUGCAUAAUCGUGACAAUACUGCUUUUGAAAACCACACUGUACUUGGAGGAAUACUAGCUUGGUGAAACCUGUCUUGAUUAUUUGUUGUGACACAUUCCUACACACUGUGCACUGGGCAUUGUUUUUUUUCUGUCCCAGGAAAAAGAAAAACCAUACUUAAUAUGAUUUUGCACUGACAGCACACACAUCUUUUUUUUAAACUUUUUUAUUUUUUAUUUUUUAGCAAUAAAAGGGAAAUAAUAGUUGGGUUGCCUAACAUGAAAACUUACCGUCACCGUUGAGUAUCAGGCUAUAAAUCAAACUCUAGGUUUUCAGGCCCUCUGUGCAAGUACUUCUAACCAGAACUUCAAUUCGGCCUUUUCAAAGGACAGGAUAGAGUGGUAGCAAGGGCUUUCUCCCGGUAGGAAACCUUAUAUUUCUGACUUAAGGAGGAGGUGAUAUUUUAAUUGUUUGAAUUAUAGCUGCUUCUGAAUUUUGGGUAUGUGUACCCACCCGAGUAGGGCUUUCCAAAUCCAUUUGAACACACUUUGUGUAAUUAUCCCUUUUUCCUGCUCACAUUAUAUGUCAUUUCCAAUCAUUAAUAGCCCUCCAGCCUGGGCAGCGGUCCCCUGCCUUUCUCAUUUAGGAGCAGCAAGGUAGAUCUCAUUGCCAGGAGGAAGGUGAACAUUGACAAAGUGGAACUCUGAAUGCAUUCUGUUGAUAACUCAUUUUUGGAAUUGUUGAUAUAUAUUGUAUCACGUUACCAAAGAAAUACUGGUUUUAGUAGAAGGAAAUGGCCACGCUCUGGAACACUGAGAUUCUUUCAAAAUGUGCCCCCUCCCCUUUCCUGCCUCCCCCAAGCCUCCUACUGCUCUUACCUGAGAGAAGACACUUGCUCCUGCUGGCUUUCUCUGGAGUCCCAAGAGCCAGUGCGUGCUUACACAUUUCACUCAAGGGCCCAGGGCUCAGAACCUCUCCCCCGGAUUUUUAAUCUCUCUUGCAUAUUGACCAGCAGAGAGGGGUGGGGCGACUUCAAGCCUCCAGCCUGUUUUUGUAAAUAAAAUUCUCCAUUCAAAAACGUAAAAUAAAAACUUCCCGCAAUAUCCGUUUACGAAAGCUGUGCCCUCUACAGUGCGUUACUAACCACAUCAACCGUGAUCACAGUGACCAUGGUUCUAAAACAUCCCCUUUCUUUCUAAAUCGACUUUCCUCAGUGGUUUCAGAAUGAGUUAGAAGGAUAUCAGACCCACUUUUCAAAAACCUGGAACUUGCUUUUCUACACGUUGUACUGACAUCCACCUUCUUUUUAAAUUAUUCGUCCAAGGAUUUUAAAAAAAUUAUUCUGAACGUGAAUUUAAAUUCUUUUUUAUAAUAUAAAUAUUUUUCUGAUAGAUUAGACAAAAGGAUGAUUGACCUAUCUUCAUUAUAAUUGUCAUAUAUAUUUCCAUAAGUAAAUGGAUUUUGAAGCAUUUUUAUUUUUUGAGCUUUAUUUAAAGCAUUGUGAUGACAUGUUCAACUUCUGCAUGUAUGUAGCCUUUGAAGAAAAAAAAUAAAAUAAAUAGGAACGUUAGGCUCAUAUUAAUGUUUUCUAGUUUCUGUUGUUUGUGAUCAUGGCACAUGGGCUAACACACAAAGUACAUUUUUGUCCCACCUAUUUCUGACCCUGCGGAAAAUCCCAACUGUGCGAAGGAUUUAAUUGGCCAAAUGUUAAGAACCUAUUACCUAAAUUACUUUGAGUGGGUUUUUGUCAGAUUUUGCUUUAGAAAUUGUUUUAAUUGAAAAUGUAGUUCCUGAUAGACUUUGUGUGAACUAAGCUGAUUUAAUCAUUCUGAAAACCUCUCAUUAUCUUCUUGGAUUAAAGAAGCUAAUAUUCUUUGGAGAUACAAGGAGAUGCCUUGCCGGGCAUGUGACUUCUGCUUAGGGCGGCGUGCCCAUGCUGGGGGAGUGGGCGAUUGCAGUCAGACCCUGAGGUUCCAGUCGGGUCCUUGCAGAAGCGCCUGCUCUCUGCGGAGAGUCACGUGGAAGUCACAGCUCUGACUUGCUCGCUUGUGUCAUUCCUCAGCCCUGGGUGCAGAGCCAUGGUCUCUGAUGGAAACCAGUAUGCAUUUUUCUUCUCCUACUUCCCAUACUAGGUUGUUAGGUUGCAGCCGCUUGCCUCCACUGGUGAAACUACACCCAUUUAAUAAGGACGGAUAAUACCAACUUAAAGGAACUUGUCUAAUCUUCGCUUUUCUUCUGUAAGCACUUCCUGAAGUGUUGAUUUACCCCACUUAAAGCUUCCCUGCCCUACUUCUCCACAUUUCUGAAACGAAGGGACAGUUUACAGCAAACAUGUACAUUUCAUAUAACGUGGCUAUUAAUUUCGCAGUAAAGUUGACAGAGCAAAAAAAUACAAAAAGAAGAACAACUCUAGUAAACUUUAAAUAGUCUAACUUGACUCCUUCUCAACUUUCUUCUGGACUUUAGCUCAUGCCUGCACCCUACACACAGGCACAGGACUUGAUAGUUGAACAAAACUUGGGGUAUCACUGAGUAGUAGACACAAUGUACAGGCUGCUAGCAGAGUCUUGACCAAACCUGUCCCUUAUGAAAGGACAUGGGGUAGCAAGCAACAGAGCUGGGCCUUAAGAUCUGUAGGCUACAUACUCAGUCCAAGCUUCCUGGACUUGAGAAAACUCAAAAGUCUAUCAAACCUAACUGCAAACAGCCCACCUGGAUCAUGCACACCAUGUCUAACCUAUUCUGACCAUUGAGAUACCUGGACAUGAUCAGAUGCCUGUGUUAUAAACAGCUCUCAUUUUCUCUCUCUGACUCUCAGAGACUAACGCCAUGCUGCAGGCUGAUAUUUGUAAAUAAGCUUAUUGUGACAGGAGGUGGGCACUCGCCAUGAGAAGCCCAGCUCAUAGAGGGUCCCAUCUCUUGUACUUAAACAAAAGUGACAACAUUUGGAGCGAUCACAUGGUGGCGCUGCCUUCCAGCCAACAGUUCUGGCUCAGCCGUAUAAUUUAUCCAGCUUGGUGUGUGUAAUUAUUUUAAGAUUUGAGUGCAUUUUGCUCUUCUGGUUUGAUAAAAGUUUGAUUAGAUAUUACUGAUAGAGGUUUAGCUCUCCUAUACCUCAUUAAAAAAACAUGUACAAGAUCCAACUCUCUGGACAUGCUUUAAAAAGCUCAAAUCUUAGGCUCUCCAUGAGCCUCUAAGCAGUCACGACGAGAAAGAAUGAAACUAACAUAUAGGAAAUACCAGAAAUAUUUCAUCAAAUAUUGUGCCCCAAGGGAGAAGUAAAAUUAGGGUUUGAUUUUUGUUUUUGUUUUUAGGGCUUUCUAAAUAUGGAACUCCCCUUUUAAAAUGUACAUCUGCUGUUCACCUCUCUUGUACUGUAUGUUUCUGUAAGAUUUCACUCAUUACAAAUGAAAGUAGAGGACUGCCUGUAGUAGUUUACUUUUGAAAAGAGUAUAAACAGACCAAUUAAAAAUUACUUGAGAGUUUGGCGACUCAGUACUAUAAGAGCCUGGAUUCUUGCCUUACCAGCUGAGAGGGGUCAGAAGGUGGAGAGAAAAAGAUAGGAACAGAGAUGCAGUGAAGAGCCCUUUGAGCCUAUGUUCCUGUACGGCAUUUAGAGUGUGUUCUCACACUCAUGUUCUCACACACAGAGAGGUCUCGUAGGUUCUUGACACAUCCGAUUAUGCUGUACUGUGUCUGUUUUCUAUGCGCCUCGAAUCUGCGAGCGCUUCUUACUUAGGUUAGCUCAUUCAAGCCAACCGUCACCAUCUUGUGUUGUAGCGAUGCUCUCAUCUUGCUGACGCUACUCCGUUUUUAAAAGAAAACUCACAGAGUUUUUGAAUUUUAGAGUGGAAGGGACCUUUGAGAUCAUCUACCGGUCCUUCUCGCCCCUUAGUGUGCAGAAGAACCUUGGGGCGCUUACUCAAGAGACAAAUUUCUCGGCCCCAACCCUGGAGGUUCUGAUUCAGUAGGUCUGGGAGGCCUAGAAAUCUGCCUUUUUAGCAAAAGCCCUAGUCAUUCUAAUGUAGAUGGCCCUCCAACCUCACUUUGAGAACCCCUGUUUAUAUCAAACCCCCCAAUGACAGAUGAGGAAAGCCUCCCCCUCCCCCCAAGCUCUCAGGUGACCUGAUUGGAAUGCAUAAUACCAAGAACCCUAGACAGGCUGGAGAAAGCCAUUAUCAGGAAGACUUGAGAAGAUGAUGCUCGUAAAUAAAAACUUUAUGGCUAGGACCACAGCAGUAAUAUGUAACCCAUCUCUGGAAGGCCGUGAUAUAAAACCUUUAAUACAGAGUGGUGGCUUUUCUCUUUUCUAAAUACCAUUUCAGCAUGUUAAGAGAAAAGAAAUUAAUGUUCAGAAAAAGUAGUUACUCCGUAUGUGCAGUAACUACUUUUCUAUAAUAUCUUAUGGCAUCUGGGUUCAGCAUCAUUGAACAAGAUUAAAUGAACGUUAUGGAGCUAUAAAAUUGCAUGUAAAAUAACGCAAAACUGUUCAAAUGACUAUCAAAGUAGCCUGGGAAUGAAUUUCCACUAAAAUUGUCAGUCCUAGAUGUAGCUUAGAAGCUGUUACUGAAGUGCAGGGAUUCUUGAAUACAAAGAAGUAUCCAAAAACUCAAGUAAGUAUUCCCUCAACCAUGUGAAUGAUAAGCAAAAGUCAUUGUGAAGUCAAUAUUUUUUUGUUCAUCAUUGCUGCUAAAAUUUAGACUCCCAUUGUAUAUGUGUGUGUUGAAUGUACCAACUAGAAUAUCCAAUAAAAGAACCUUUUGGAUAUUCUA